AUGAACGACACCUAUCGACGCUGGAUCCGCUAUUGCGAGGACCAUCCCCAAACCCCAACCAUUCCAGGAAAUCCUCCAAAAGCACAAGAUCUUUGCCGGCGAUGCCUACGACUGCGCAAAGGCAUCGGCGACAGCCUGGCCCGUCUAAGCAAGAUAGAAAACGAUUACAGCUUGCGAGACACCAACUGGGAGGUUGCUGCCCUGGACACGCCGGCGACGUGGAAUCCGACCCAAUGUGCCCUUUGCUAUCUGUUUAUGACCAUACACAACAACAAGUUUGCCGAGUACGAUGCAACUACGCGCUAUACCCUCCGCGCGUUCAAGAGCUAUCGAUCGACAGGCCUGGCAGUCCUACCCACACCUUCGCUCGACACGCUGGAUGAAGACUGCGCGUCGUCGGGGUUUAUAUCCCGGGCGGCUGCGAAAGCCCACAGUUCGGUGGGGCAUCAUUCUGUCGGGCUGGUAGGGGACCAUGUCGACUUUUCCUUCAUCAGGAGCUGGAUACAGCAAAGCGGAAUGAACCACACCAGGGACUGGAGUGGCUUGUCUCUCGAGGACAAUCCUCACUUCAGGCUCAUCGACUGUUCGACCGGCCAGAUCGUCAAGCCGCCCGAAGCUUGUCCAUAUGCCACACUGAGCUAUGUCUGGGGUCGAUCAGACGAGUCUGUUCCGGACGGCGAUCGGCUGCCGAAGCAUUUGCCGCGUGUGGUUGGGGAUGCCCUCACAGUCGCCAAACGGGUUGGGAUACCCUACCUGUGGGUCGAUCGGUACUGCAUCUCGCAAACCGACUUGGCGGAAAAGGCCGCCCAGAUCAAGAAAAUGGGCCCCAUCUACAGCAGUGCUUCGCUCACCAUAUUCGCCGCAGCAGGUCACGGCGCAGACCAUGGGCUCCCCGGUGUCUCCAAGAAGAGGGCAAAUGGCCGGCAACCAUGCGCACAAGUCGACCGGCACCUGCUCACCUGGACCAUGCCGGAUGGACCGGCCCUGGUCCUGAAAUCCAAAUGGAACACCCGAGCAUGGACGUACCAGGAGAUGAUAUUCUCGGGAUCGCGCCUGAUCUUCACCGACCUGCAGGUCUACAUGGAACAGCGGUGGAACGUCUUCCACGCCGAGGCUUGGGGGGAGUACCCCUUCAGCAACAUUGGACGCAUCCACACGCACAGCUCGCUGACCAGCGCGUUCAACGAGAUCUACAAGCUCAACGACUACUCGCGGCGUCAGCUGUCCUUCUCAUCGGACGUGAUCCAGGCCAUGCAGGGUCUCUUCAAUGCCAUGGCCCACGCGAAAGUGCUGUAUCAAUACAUGGGCGCUCUGCUUCCGGCCGUCAUCGCACGAGAAGGCUCCCCGGCCGACGACGGCGCAUUGCAGUAUAGCUUCCUCUGGUAUCACGUUAGAACUUCUCAUCGCCGUCAGGGGUUCCCCAGCUGGUCAUGGGCUGGCUGGAUCGGAGAGGUCUCGUACCUGGAGCUCAGCGGCGUGCAGCACUGGUACCAUCCAACGUUCACUGCCGAGAGCAUGGAAGCCUCUGUCGAGACCACUGAUGGGGCUCUCACCCCAUGGAAGGAGUUCAGAAGCAUGAUUGUCGCCGACCGUUUGCCAGCGAAUAAUUUAUCAAACUUCCUCCAUCUCAACGCGUACACCGUUUCCCUUCGCUUCGAGUGGCUCGAUGACCCGCCUCAGCACUCCUGGGCCUACGCGCCCGACGGGCCCUACCGGCCUGGGCUGUACGUCCGAUGUCACGACUCCUACGCGAUUUACUCACCCUUGCAGCUCUCUGGCGAUGUCGACGCCACCGGCUUUCCCCCUUCGUCUUCGUCGUCGUCAUGGGAGUGCCUGGUGCUAGGCCAGCUAGCAUACUACCGCUGGGUCGGGUCCAACCACGACGUAUACGACAAAAAAUUCACAGACCUCUGCGCCGUGGUGCUAUCCCCCUUCAAGACACUGCAGCCACACAGGAACGGAGACGAGGACGGGGUCGCUUCCGCUGAGCGCAUCGGGUUCGUGAAUCUCGCCCACCGCGUGUGGGAUGAUGAGUGCGAGCAGAUCAGAUUGGCUACCCCCAAGAACGACUUUCCCGUGUUCCUGAGGCAGCUCGAGCUGCAGAAGACACGGACGCGGAUCAGACUGGGCUAG